AUGGCCAUCCUUACCUUUGUCACUGACCACGUGCAUCAGUGGACCGCCAACAAGGGCACCAGAGAAGAGGACCUGAUCAAAUUAGGACUUCAACUGUUCGUCGGAAACACUGUGGGUAUGCUCGAAAAUACGUUGUCAACUUGCUUAGUAAAUGAUGUUCAUUGUAAAGGACAGAGCAUCUGCAUCAUGAAGUCGCAUCCAUCACCAGGAACAGACUUUGCCUUGUUCAACGAGACGAUUGACUCGCGGAUAUCGUACGAGUUCAUGUUGGUGUUGGCCGGCGUUGAGCAACCCAAUUGCAGCAUGUGUACUUGUUCGCGAGACGAACAUUCAAUCUUCCAAGAUGCUUCUGUCUAUCAUUUGCCAUCUGGUUGA